AUGGUAGAACAUCCCAUUAUGAAGGAGCAUCUUGUGGUCAUAAAACUCCAAGGAGUCAUAGACAAUGAAUUCUUGUACAGCUGCGAGUCGUCAAAUUGUCGACUUUUGGGUAUUGAUACUGAUGAGCCUGUGCUUCAGAUUGGGAAUUAUACAUUCAUUGGAGAGUUUAAAGAAUCUCUUGGAACACAUGUAUUAUUUGAGGAACUAGCAUCAAAUGAUGCGGAGGGAUCAAGGCAGUUGAAGUACAAAUGCAAUACCACAAAAACACUGGAAAUGUCCAGGGUUUUCCUGGUGGAAAAGGAAAAGGAAAAAGAAAAAGAACAGAUACCUGGUCCUUCAAGUGGUGCAGAUACACAACAAGAAACUACAGAUUCAGAAGGAUAACAAGAUCAGGAGAAAUCUGUUUGUUGUGUUGUUAAUUUGAGAGACCAUGACCUCUGGAUUGCUGUUCAGCGGAUUGUGCAGUCCAACUUGCAAAGAACUGUUUGAUCUAAACUGAGGCGCCACAGUUAGAAAUUACUGUAAGAGAAGUACAAUUUUUGUUUUGCUUGAUAUUGAACAGCAAGAAGGACGCAGGAAUUGAAAAAAAAAAUGCCAUCCAGUCAUCCGGGACAAGUAGAUUUUCCUAGACUGGGCAAGUAACUUUUCAUUUUCGUGGGCAAGGGUCUUAGCAACUCGUCUGCCAACUAAAUGAAAGAAGUUAGCACAGUUUGACUCUACAAAGGAGUGAAAGGUGAUCAGAGUGAUAUCGUUAACUUGUUCCAGGACUAAGACCUGUUUGACUUUUAUUGUGAAGUGUAAGCAAAAAUAGAUCAAUGACAUUGCCAUUUUACAGUUGUGUGAUCUUAAGAACAUUUAAUACAACUGCUUACAAUAUCACUUAUUCAAUACAUUGUCAGGCAGACAAGUACAGCUGUAAUAAGAUCAUCAACUAGGGAUAAUGUCUAGAUGUUCCAUUACUGAAUUCUCAAGAUUAGUAUUAGAAGAAAUGUAUGGAAAUCUGUUAGGAGAAUUGAUAUUUCACCUCAUGAUUCCAAGCACACAUUUUUUGUUCUUAAAACAUUUUUGAGUUAGUAUACUUUCAAUAUGAUUACAGCAUUAGAGGUAAAAUUACAUUGGCGUAACUAGCCCUCAUAGCAUUAUUGUUAAUAUAUUAAUCUAUUUUUGGAUAAAAAAGAAUAUCUGAACUGUUAAAAUAAUUUAGCAUACAGUAUUACAUGUACCACCCACUUAUAGUACACCACAUUGGACUACAUCAUUUAGAAACAAAGACAAAUACUUUUAGUGAAUAAGAAAACUUGAUU